AUGUCCCUAGGAGCACACAGUGACGCUUCCUGGUGUAAGAAUUUCGCUCUGAUCAUGACAGGGCUGGCUCAAACUAGGUUUCAGUGCCUCCCUAAGGGUUCUAUCACCAGUUUUGAUGAUCUGGCAGCAAGAUUCAUGAGUCAAUAUUCACCAUUUGUUAGACGACCCAAGCAAUCCAUUGAAAUGAUGAAAUUUAGACAGAGAAAAAAAGAACCACUCAACAAGUAUAUUGCACGAUUCAACACCGAAUGCUUAACAGUCACUAAGCCUGAAAAUUCCAUCAUUUUUCUGGCUUUCAGGUCACGAUUGAAUGAUGAAAGAUCUGACAGCAGGAGAUUCAAGGAAGAUGAUGGUUGGAUAAACAUUCACAACAUGGAUGAUAUUAGAGAAAGAGCAGAGAGGUUCAUAGCCUCAGAGAAUUUCAGACAUAUCGCUACUAGGCUCAGAGGAGAAAAACAUGAGAAAUGA